AUGAAGGUUUUUACAGCGUUGGCUCUCUUGAUGGCAGCUAUUUCGUUAACCACCGAAGCAGCACCCGCCUCGCAACCAUCCGUAGUUCAACUUGAAUUGAAGAAAAAUGAUUUACCCGAUUCUUAUACUUGGCUCCAAAAGUCAAAGAUCAGUAAAAAUUAUGCAUUAUUAAAAUAUUCGAAGAAUAUUCGAUUGGCAUUUAGUCACGGUUUAGUUGGUCAAGAAGCAAUCGUAAAAUUAGAUGCUGCCUCCGCUCCAGUAUUUGGUGCUUCCUCACCGAAAACUUUCAUCAUUAAUUCUAAUUUUAAGACUAAUAGUAGCAAUACUGAUGAUAGCAAUGGCGUCAGCAGCAACGAUCUUGCUAGCAAAAGCAAAAAAGGAAAACACGGAAAAAACGGCGAUGGUAACAAGAAUGGCGGUAAAGAUAAUAACAAUCCCAACAAUGGUCAGCCUGAUAAUUCCGGUAGUAAUACAGGCAAUGGAGGCGUUGUCGACGAUCCUCUGAAAGAUGAAGGAUUUGACAUUGGAUAUCAAGGACCAAUUGAAAUAGGCGGACAAACGUUUACUGUAAUAUUCGAUACUGGUUCAUCUGAUCUUUGGGUGCCAUCACAAGCAUGUACCGAUGCAGCUUGCAAAGCUCACAAAUCGUAUGAUCCGAAAAAGAGCAAAGGAUUUAAGAGUGAUAAUAAACCAUUCGAAAUUAAAUAUGGUACUGGUGAAGUUUCUGGUAUUAUUGCCGUGGAUGAUGUUUCAGUCGCCGGUGCAGUGUCAAAAGGUCAAACCUUUGGACUUUCAACAAAAAUGUCAGAUGACUUUAGGACGGAUGAAGCCGAUGGAAUACUCGGAAUGGCUCUUGAUCAAAUAAGCACACAAAAGGCAAAAACACCUUUCACUCAGCUUGUUGCCCAAAACGCAGUUAAAGAUUCAGUAUUUGGCUUCUUCCUCGGACGUCAAAAAGACGGCAGCAACAGCCAAUUAACUCUUGGUGGUGUUGACUCUUCAAAAUUUACUGGUCAACUCAAAUAUAAUAAACUUGUGAAUAGUGUUGGUUUCUGGGAGAUCGCUUUGGACGAUGCCAGCGUUAACGGCAAGCCCCUUGGAUUCAGCAAAAAAACUGCCAUCAUUGAUACUGGCACGACGCUUCUCAUCGCCCCUCCCGCCGACGCUGAUGCUAUACACAAAGCAAUUAAAGGUGCCGUUUCUCAACAAGGUGAAUAUUUCGUCCCAUGCAAAACUGACGCUGUCAUUGCUCUCACUUUCGGUGGAGUUACCUAUAAAAUCUCACCAAAAGAUCUAGCUCGUGAACCAACGAAUCAAGGUGAUAUGUGUGUUUCUGGCAUUGCUGGUGGUAAUAUCGGUGGAAAUGAUCAGUGGUUAGUCGGUGAUACUUUCCUCAAGAACGUGUAUAGUGCCUACGACAUUAAACAGCUUGCCGUUGGAUUUGCACCAAUAAAAUAA